AUGAGGUGGGCUUUUAUUUUACUGACUUCCUUCUUGCUGACCUGGAGUUGGCUCCAGCCCGCCACUGCUGACCUUACACCCACUGACGAACACUCAGACGUCGAUGACGAUGAAGAAGUUCACUCAAAUGUCCUCCCAGAAACGGACUCAGAUUCAUCAAACAUAAAUGAACAAUUGAGCAGAGAUGCAGCAGACGCCAACAUCGGUAUGAACUGGGACCUCCCAGACAUCAACAAGAACAACUACGAGGACGCUGACUGGCACCCUGCUUCCACGGCGAGGGAGACACACUAUGACCUUCACCAUGAGGCUCUGCGCAGCAAUGACAUCAACCAGGGCGUGUCGGAAGAGUGUGGCAAGUACAGCAGCCGGCUGAUGGCUAACGGCCAGUGUCGGCUCAUGGCCAUGCUGCCUCCCGUGUCAGUGGGAACGUCUCAGAAACGCUGCCCGGACAUGUUCCGCUGCACCGACGACAUCUCCUACUGGCUCCACGAGAACCAGAAGAGAAAGGAGCAGCUGGACGAGCUGAAGGAGACCAUGUCAGAGCUGCAGGAGGAGCUGAGGCAUCACCAGCACCAAGUCAAGGCCCUGGAGACCCAGAGUGAAGUAAACGUAACGUCAAACCUGACCCUGGACCAGCGGUUACACUCUUUGGAGUUACAUCAGGCUAAGACGGACACGCUGCUGCAUGUGCACGCCGCGCUGCUGUACGAGCUGCAGGCUCAGCUCCGUAACCUUUCAGCCACAGUGCAGCGAAUCGACCUCAACACGGGCUGUAAGGUCAAUGUCAUCAGAACCACAUCGCUGCUCAGCAUGAGAGACACGCUGCCACCAGAUGGCGCCCACCUCUCUCUCUGUCCGUCAGACUGUGCGUCUCUGUAUCAUAAUGGCGUCCGUCGCUCUGGCGUCUACAGCAUCGUGGUGUCCCCGGGGUCGUCUCUGCCUGUCUACUGUGACAUGGAAACUCAGGGUGGGGGCUGGACAGUACUGCAGCGGCGCCGUGAUGGCUCAGUGAAUUUUAACCGAGGCUGGUUGGAGUAUCGUGAAGGCUUCGGCGAGCCACGAGGAGAACACUGGCUGGGGAACCAACAGCUCCACCUGCUGUCCAACCAGGGGCACUACAGCCUCCGUAUCGACCUUCAGGACUGGAGCCACGCCCACAGACACGCCCUCUACCACACCUUCAGGAUCGAGGACGAGGAGAACCACUAUCGCCUCCAUGUGUCUGGAUACAGCGGGACGGUGAAGGAUUCCUUCAGUUGGUACCACGACCAGCAGAGCUUUAGCACGCCAGACACUGGGAACAUCUGCGCCGAGAUCAGCCACGCCGGUUGGUGGUACCAUCAGUGUUUCUACGCCAACCUCAAUGGCGUUUACUACAAGGGGGGGCGCUACUCUCUGAAAGCUCAGAACCUGCUUGGACCAGAUGGCAUCGUGUGGUUCUCCUGGAAAGAAUCAGACUUUUACUCCCUGAAGGGCGUCACCAUGAUGAUUCGACCGAGCAAAUUCAGACCCAGCCCGUCACCGUAG